UCAAUGAAAAUAAGGCAAACAUUGCUAAUGGAAUUAGCCCAAAUUUCAGGUUCGUUAGUAUUUAACCAGAUCCAUUCAAACGGUAUCGUCAAUCCAAGUUACAGAAUGAGGCCUCAGAUAGUGUUGUUUGGGGACUCAAUUACAGAGCAAUCUUUCCGAUCGGGUGGUUGGGCUGCUGCUCUUGCUGAUACUUACUCUCGCAAGGCUGAUGUUUUGGUACGUGGUUAUGGUGGGUACAAUACCAGGUGGGCUUUAUUCUUGUUGCAUCACAUUUUUCCUAUGGGAUCUGCAAUGCCUCUUGUCGCUGCGACUAUAUUUUUUGGGGCUAAUGAUGCGGCUCUUUUGGGGAGAACUGGUGAAAGGCAACAUGUGCCUGUUGAAGAAUACAAGGAAAAUCUAAGAAGAAUUGUUCAACACUUAAAGAAUUGUUCCCCUACCGUGCUAGUUGUACUUAUAACUCCACCUCCCAUAGAUGAGCAUGGGCGCCUAGAAUAUGCACGGUAUUAGUCUUUUUCUUUUAACACAUGCUGCUCUUCAUAAGUGUUAAUGUAAGUAAAAAAAUACAUAUCUUUGUAAGACUCAACUAAAUCAUUUGAUGCAAUUAGAUGAGACUGGAGAAAUAGGUUCACCUGUUUCUGUACUUGAUCAAUUUCAAUAUAAAUGCCAACAGUUGAAGCUGUUCUUCAUUCUCAAUACUGGAAUUUCUUCUUUACUUGUAGCUCUCAUCUUUUCAAGGGUAAUCAACUUUAAAUGUAGACAUUUAAGGGGGAAAAAAACAGUAAUUUCUUUGCUAAGAUUCAUUUUCUCUUAUGAAGAAUUAGUUAUGCAUGGUUUUCUUUGAAUUAAAAAUCGAAUAUGGAACUUUUUUGAGAAAACUAAUUUAAUUUAGCAUACGUGUUCCUUUCUUAAGGAUUAAAGAUACUUUCCUUUUUGAGUUGUGGACUAAGAUGUAAAAGAGAGAGAUUGCUCAUGUUUAUAAACACUCAAGUCAUUUUUAUACACUCACAUUUUGACGGACUCACAAGUACUCUACCCAUUUAUUGAUAACUCAUUUCUAUCUAUUUAUAAUUUAGACUA